CCGUGAGCGUACGCUCCGUAGAACCCCGACUGUUUUAGCACUCCGCGUGUGGUUAGGCCUACGCACCGGGUCCAGGGGAAGGAUCCCCGCAGGCCGGAGGGAAGCGAGCCUUUGGCCCGAUUCGCGCGGCCCGGCCACGGAUCGAGCGAUUUGGGGGAAAAGGUGUUUGUUUUCGCGGAAGAGGCGAAAAAAUAACCAGUAACGGAAACCCUAAGCCCCAAAUCCCCAAUCCCUCCCGAUUCGCUAUUUAUGUUCCUGUUCUCCCCUGCCGAUUCGAUGUCCUCCGCCGCGCUCCCCGCAGCGAUCGAACCCCGGGUCGCGGCGCGCUCUGCCGGGGAGGAGAUUUCCGGCGCUGGGUCGGCGCCAUGAGGAAGAAGCUGGACACCCGCUUCCCCGCUGUAAGAUUCGUACUCGGAUUAAGAAGAUCAUGCAAGCAGAUGAAGAUGUUGGCAAGAUUGCUUUACCUGUACCUGUCCUAGUGUCCAAAGCAUUGGAGCUAUUUCUGCAAGAGUUGUGUGAUAGGACAUAUGACAUUACAAUUCGAAAAGGGGUCAAGACUGUGAGUUCUUCCCAUUUGAAGGAGUGCAUACAAACAUACAAUGUCUAUGAUUUCUUGAGUGAGGUAGUCAGCAAAGUUCCAGACACUGGUACAUCUGAUGCUAAUGCCGAUGAUAAGCUUGGUAAAAGGUGGAAAGCUGCUGAAGAUGGAAGCGAGGAGGAAUUAAAGAAGACAAGAAAUGAGGCAGAAAGCCAUACAAGCAAUGGCAGAGGUCGCGGGAGGGGUCGUGGGAGAGGCCGCCGCGGUGGACGCGGAGCUGGGAGGGAGGUUUUCACAACUCAUGAAAAAAUCGAGGAGAGCCAAUCUAGCAAACCAGCCGGCCUAAAGGUGGAGGUAGCAGAUGAGGUCUCAGAUGCAACCGAAGUUAAGGAGGCUACCCCAGUGAGCAGUGCCAGGGCUUCCUUAAGGAACAUUGACUUAAACUUAGAUCCUGAUGACGAAGACGAUAAGGUUACAGUGCCACCGCAAACCCAGUCGUCAGCUCCAGCAACUAGUUCGGCUUUAGCCACUGCAGGACCAUCUGUUCCGUGGUCAAAUGGAGGAGCAAAGCUCAAGGAUUUUCUGGGUUGGCAACUGCCUGAUAUGAACAAGAUGGCCAUGGACCCUGUUCAAUUUGCUUUGUCAUCAAACCAUAGAUUGGAGGAGGAUGAAGAUUAUGACAAUGAAGACUGAUGACUAGUUCCGCUUUUAGCUCCAGUAGUGGAUAAGUAGACAGGGCAAUCGUAGCUUCAUCUUAACUCCGUAGCAGUUCUCUUGUAUCAUGUGUAUAAUAGCCGCUGAAGCUGCAGAUGUAGUAUAGAAUGUUCCGGAGGUUAGAUUCGCUCAACUAUAAUGUUCCGAAGUUAGAUUCGCUCAACAGCUAGUGUUUUUUUCAGAUAGGUUCGCCAGUUGUACAUUCCGGCUGCUCUCCAGUUUAAUGCUAAUUAUGUUUAUGCUUCA